GUCGCCACGUUCAGCUGUGGUUGGGGUGGCGAGUAGUAACGGCCCGCUCUGAGACGCUAGAGGAGGUCUCCGCACGGUGGAAGUUGUGGUGUUUCCGGGAGCCUGCAGCGUUUCUGGAGCACAGGAAGGAAGAGCCCUUGGAACUGCUGUUACUCACCAGCGCUGCGGGGCCCCGCCGUUUAGGGUAGCGCCGGUUACUGCCUUAGAAGUCGGCGGUGUCCCCAUGCGCGUGCCCCGCGGGGAGCCCGCCCUGGAAGGGCCCCUGGAGCGGUACCAGAGGCGCUUCCAAGAGCGUGCUUGUGAAAGCAUCCAUUGAUGAAAUGUGCCUUAGAGGAAAGAAAGUUUGCAGAGGGUGAGGGUGAAGUUGCAUUUGACCAGUCCUCUAUGGACAAGGGCAGUGAUGAUGUGGACAGUGGAACUGAAGCCUGGCAGGAGCUGCAGCACAGUGAGGCAGUUAAUCAGCUUAAGAUUUUGUUGCAAGAUCAAGAAAGAGUGGAGAAUGAAGUCUCUCUGUCAAGAAGGAAGGUAUCAUUCUGUGAGGAACUGUCUGGAAUGAAAGAUCAAGUACAAGAAGUUGAACUUGAAGAUGAGGAACUCCUUCAGAAAUUGAAAUUAUUAACUGCAGAACAUAUAAUGAGGGAACAAACUCUUCUAGAUGCCUUGGCAAAUACUCAGAACUCCUGGCCUUCAGGUGAUAAUGAUUGUAGCUUUCCUCAGCCUAUCACCUCAUCACCAACAGAUAAUAAAGGUCAGGCUUUUUAUACAGCAGCUGUUAGAGAGACAGAAAAAUGGCGUGGCGAACUGGAGAAACUUCUUUAUCAAGAAAAAGUCAAUAUCCAUGAUGCUCAAAUACAGUCUCUAAGAAAAAACCUUUUAGAAUAUCAGAAGACAUGCAAAGAUUUGGAAGGAAAGCUGAGCCAACAGAAGUCACUUUCUUCAGCCACAAAUUCUAGAUGCGUUGGUGGUCUUUGUCUGAAAUGUGCACAACAUGAGGCAGUUCUUUCACAGACUCAUUCUAAUGUUCACAUUCAGACCAUCGAGAGGGUAACAAAAGAAAGAGAUGAAUUGAUGGAUGCACUUGUUUCAUUGAGACAAAACAUGAAAGAGAUGCAGCAAAGAGAAUCUAGUGCUUGUGAGCAAGUUAAACAGGCUGUGCAAAUGGCAGAAGAGGCCAGUUUAGAAAAAACAAAGGCUGUAGUCCAGUGUGAGCAUCUGAAAAGUGAGCUGGUACGGCAGAAGUGUCGUUUUGAAAAGGAGUUAGCUGCCCAGAUAAGUAAGAGGGCUGAUGAAAGAGAAGCCCUGCAGGAAGAAAUGAAGAAGGAAAGGGACAACUUGGCAGCAAUGGUGACAGCUAUGUCUGAGAAUGUGGCCAUGCUGGAGGCUCAGUUAGAGAGAAUUACAAGGGAAAAGAACUCUCUGGCCAACCAGUUGGAGGAAUCACAACAUCAGCUUGUAUGUCAUGAAAUGGAGAUGAAUAAGGUGUGUGGAGAAAUGCGCUAUCAGUUGAAUCAAACCAAAAUGAAGAAGGAUGAGGCAGAAAAGGAGCUCAGAGAGUACAGAACAAAAACUAUAAGGGAGCUUGAAAUUAAGGACCAGAAAAUAGAAAAACUGGGAUUAGAGCUGAAUGGAAACAAACAGCGUUUGGAACAAGCUCAGCAGGAUGUGAGAGGAGCCAGAGAGGAGUGCCUAAAACUGACAGAACUACUGAGUAAAUCUGAGCACCAACUGCACCUCACCAGAUUGCAGAAAGAAAGCAUUCAGCACAGCAUUAGCAAUGAAGCAAAGGCCCGAGCCCUUCAGGCCCAGCAAAGAGAGCAGGAGCUGACACAGAAGAUGCAGCAAAUGGAGGCCCAGCAUGAGAAAACUGUAAAUGAAUUGGAAUCCUUGCUGACAUCCCAGAAUACAUUCAUAACAAAAUUAAAGGAAGAAUGUCAUAUGCUGGCAAGGAAGAUGGAACAAAAAUCAGAAAAAUACAGAUCUGAAGUCAACCAGCUUAGUCAGGAAAAAGAAUAUCUUCAUGGCAGAUUGGAGAAGAUGCAGAAACAGAAUGAUGAAUUGGACCAACAAUGUAUCCAGCAUGGGAGAAUGCAUGAGAGGAUGAAGUCGAGGUUACAGCAGCUUGACAAGCACUGCCAGGCCACUGCCCAGCAGUUAGUGGAGCUGCUCAACAAACAGAAUCAGCUCUUCAAAGAGAAGCAGCUGCUUACAGAAGAGGUGCAGUUUCUGCGAAAACAGGAAAAAAUUCGGGAUGCAGAGCUCAAACAGGAUCCAGAUGGAACCAAGUGAAAGGCUGAUGGAUCAAGAGGAACGAGCAGAAGUAGGU